AUGAAUGUAUUUCAGACUAAUUUUGCUGGAAGUGUGUUUCUGUUGAAUGCCAUGGCAGUGUUGCUGCUGCAUCUGGUCUACCCAGCUACAGCAGUUCCUGGGCAGCUUUAUGCAACUACUCCAUGCGGACCAGAGGUUGCAGCUCUUAAGAACAGCAUAAAGAAACUGGAGAAUAAACUGUUGCUCACAACCUGGCAGGUGGAGCAUCUGCAAACUCAUAGAUACUUUAGAUCACCUCAGCUUGCAGGAUCCAACAGUAAACAACAGACUGACCAAGCCCCUGAUCUGAACCACAACAGCAGCUCUGAAAACACAACAAUGAAAUCAAUUCCACCUGCAGGAAAUCUCAUUGUCUAUGAUAAAGACUGCUCCCAACUGUUUGAUAGACUUAGAUCACCCAGUGGCUUUUACCGCAUCAGACCCAAAUUACACCAGGACCCUUUUUUGGUCUAUUGUGAUAUGGAGGAUGGAGGAGGGUGGACAGUGUUUCAGAGGCGUCGGCAUGGAAAAGUUGACUUUAACAGAGACUGGGUGGACUACAGAGACGGAUUUGGAGACUUUAAACUAUGGAAUGAUGAGUUUUGGUUGGGGAAUGAACAAAUGAACACUCUAUUGUCUGAAGGUAAGAACCUGGUGAAGAUUGAUCUCAUGGACUGGGAAGGAAAGAAAAGUUAUGCAUUUUAUGAAAACUUCAGGAUCACAGAUGAAGCUGAUAAGUAUCGCCUCCAGUAUGGGCAAUACAGUGGGAAAGCAGGUGAUGCUCUUACUGGUGGUGGGGGGAUGGUGGAGCAGUGGUCUUCCUGCCUUAGUGGCAUGCAGUUCAGCACUAGAGAUCAGGAUAAUGAUCGCUUCCUUCAGGGGAGCUGUGCCAAAGAGAAUCAGGCUGGUUGGUGGUUUAACAGAUGUCAUGCAGCCAACCUCAAUGGCAAAUUCUAUCGAAGGGGGAAGUACAAGGCUGAAUAUGACAAUGGUGUGGUGUGGGGGACCUGGAAAGGCCUUUGGUAUUCCCUUAGACACACCACCAUGAAGGUUCGUCCUCUGGUGUUUUUGGACACUGCAGGAAGUGGAGAAGGGGACAUUUAAAAAAUGUGGGCUUUGUAUUAAUUUAAUAGCAAAGA